AUGGGAUCUCUCUCUACUGUCCACAGGCUCAACGGCCAAAACUACGACAGGAUAGACGGAGACGAGGCCAGCAUGUCUGGCAUUCCUAGGAUUGCGGGUGCGGGCGAUGGCGAUGGAGGCAGCAUCAUUCCGGAUAUCACAGCAGGCCAGAAGAUGGUGUCGGCCAUGUCGGGCAGUCUCUUGACUUCGUUGCUGGUAACUCCACUGGACGUCGUUCGCGUACGCCUACAAUCGCAGCCGACUUCCGCCACCGCCGCCCCGGUUGUGGACUUUUCGAGACUCAUGCGAACAACCGCCAACCUCACCCCGGUCCAGACAUCCGAACUGGGCGUCACAGCAUGCUGCCGCGAAGUGUUCUUCGCAGAGAGCGCCAUAGAUUACUGCCUCGCCGCCCCGAGAGUCGAGGGCAUCGCAACAUCCAGCGGAAGUGGCGCCGCCGCUGACUGCGCAGUGCAAGAAGUCCAAAAGAAGACAUAUCACUCAACGAUUGAUGGCCUGCGGAAGAUUGCUCGCAAUGAAGGAUUCACGACAUUAUGGCGAGGCCUCUCACCUACCCUCGCCAUGACAAUUCCCGCCAAUAUCAUAUACUUCACCGGAUACGAUUGGCUGCGAUUCAACUCCAUGAGCCCGUUUUCAGGCCUCUCAACCGAUUAUGCGCCGCUCACUGCUGGCUCUUUCGCCCGAAUUCUCGCAGCAACCGCCGUUGGCCCUAUCGAGCUCGUCCGCACCCGUAUGCAGGCUGCGUCUGGUGCUUCUACCACAAACCACCUGGUUGAAGCUUUCAGCGGGAUCCGCUCCAUGGUUGCCACUCAAGGCUACACCUCAUUAUGGCGAGGCCUGACAUUGACUCUGUGGAGAGAUGUGCCCUUUUCUGGCCUCUACUGGUGGGGAUACGAGUCUAUCCGAUCUAGAAUCUCCGAUAUUCGCGAAGAACGACAAGGCAGGGCAGCCAGCCGCGACACAUUUGAUGGCCUCAGCCGCACAACAGCCCGGCGUCGAUCUCAGAGCCGAGAGAGCCAUACAGAAACUUUCCUUGACAGCUUUGCUGCUGGCGCUACCUCCGGCGCUAUUGCAUCUAUCAUGACCAUGCCGUUUGACGUGGGCAAGACGCGCACCCAAGUCUACAACGACGGUUCGCGCCGUGCAGCCGGAAGCGCACUGGCACCCGAGCAGCAAAAUAUGGGACGACUGCUAUUACACAUCUUCCAGACGGAGGGUAUCUCUGGCUUAUGGCGAGGCUGGAUUCCUCGCACACUAAAGGUGGCACCGGCUUGCGCCAUUAUGAUCAGUAGCUACGAAGUCGGCAAGCGGGCGUUUCGAAGUGUCAAUGAGCGCUCUAUGAACGAGAGCUUGGCUGGCGAGGACUGA